AUAACUGUUAUGUGUAUUUAAAAUACCACAAAACAGUUUAACGGUUUAUUGUGAAGGAAAAUUUUUUAAAAAAUCGAUUUAAAAAAAUAAUUUAUACGAAAAAAAUGUGUCAACUGUCAUUUUAGAUACAAUCUGUAGUUUUUAAUUUUAUGGUUGCACGAAGGAAUGGCACUCCCUUCUUGUAAUCAAUCUGAUUUAGAUAAUGACAACAAACUAAAAUGUAAUAUUUGUUUGGAAGAUCCAGAGGAUCCAGUCGUGACGCGAUGCGGUCAUUUAUACUGUUGGAUUUGCUUACAUACAUGGCUUCAAAGAGGAUCAGUUGAAUGCCCUGUCUGCAAAUCCGGAGUAACAGUGAGUACCGUGAUUCCCGUAUAUGGCACCAGCAAUAGUAGCAGUAGUAGUAAUGAUGCGCAACGUCAAGGAAAAAAGCGUCAUGCGUUUUUUCAACAACAAUCCGAGAAUUCAAAAGAACCAGGAAACACUUCAGAAACAAGUCAACCUAUCCCUGAACGUCCUAGAGCAGAACGCCAUGAUUUACCACCCUCACAAUCCCCUUGGGGUAUGCAUAGUGUACAGUUUGGUUUCUUCCCUUUCGGUAUUGGCGUCUUCUUCACCUCUGCUGAUAUGAUGUCAUAUAACUCAUCAGGUUCUCAUUCACGUUUUUUAUUGUCUCGCCAACAAAGAUCCCAACUUAUAUCCAUGCUUUUCAUAUUUAUAGGCAUUCUUGUCGUUUGUUGGUCUAUUUUCAUUGAUACAUAAUUCUAUAAAAAAUUCAACAGAUCAAUGGAGAUUUUCUCAUUCACUUUAAACAACUUUUACUUCUUAUUUUAAUGCGCUUGUCUCAUUUCUCUGUGAUUUUUCACUAUUAAAAUUAAUUGUGUUUGGAAAAAAAAAAACAGUGUCAAAUAUAUUAAAUUAGUAGUACCACGAGAGGUCAAAAAAGCUAUAUCUAGCGCUAGUCAAAAAUUAUUUACAACAAGGGGCACAUACCCCUUACUUUAACUACAUAUCGCUUUUUUAGUUUCGUCGCAGCAGGCUUUAUAUUUAAGAAAAAUCUCUAUAAAAGUUGAUAAUUUUUCUAUAAAAUUUUAUUUAUGUAAUUUCAAAAAAAAGCUUGAUACCAGUAUUUCUUUUAUUUUAAUUGUUGUGUUAUAAUACUAGUCAAGAGUUUCCGUGAAGAGCACGAAAAGAAAAAAAAGCGUUACAAAUGAGCUUUUUAUUCUUACUACCUGUUAAAGUAGAGAGUCAUCCCGCAUGGUGGAUAAAAUUAAAUCAUAGCACUACUCAAAUCAUAAUUCCGUGUUUAAGAUAAAUUAUUUCUUUUUAUAAAAACUAGAACGGCAUAGUGUGGUAUUUUUUACAAAAAGGCUGUCAAAUCUUAUUAAUUGUACAAAUGCAUGCAAAAGAAUAAAAAUUAUUAUUUUUUCUUACCAAUUACUAAGCGGAAAUUACUUAAG